ACCUUGCAAAAACCUUAAACCCUACCCUCCAAUGUAAAGCACAGCCACUCACACUCAAACCCCAAAAACCCUCACCUCCCCGUAAACCCUAGCCACCACCACUAAAACCCCAUGGACCCAAAAGCCGUGAAAUCGGAGCUCGUCCUGAUUCUCGAUUAUGGCUCCCAAUACACCCACCUCAUCACCCGUCGAAUUCGAUCCCUCUCCGUCUUCUCCCUCUGCAUCUCCGGCACUAGCUCUCUUAAAUCCAUCACCGACCUCAACCCUAAGGUCGUCAUCCUCUCCGGCGGGCCCCACUCGGUCCACACCCCAGACUCACCGAGCUUCCCAGCCGGAUUCGUCGAGUGGGCCGAGGCCAAUGGAGUCUUUGUCCUCGGUGUGUGCUAUGGGCUUCAGCUGAUAGUGCAGAGGCUUGGCGGGGAAGUUAGGGUUGGGGAGAAGCAGGAGUAUGGGAGGAUGGAGAUUGAGGUGGAGAUAAAUUCUGGACUUUUUGGGUCCAAGAAAGUUGGGGAUAAGCAGGUGGUUUGGAUGAGCCAUGGCGAUGAGGUGGCGAAACUGCCUGAUGGUUUCGAGGUCGUGGCGCGGAGCCAGCAGGGAUCGGUGGCUGCAAUUGAAAGUCCGAUUAGGAGGUUCUAUGGGUUGCAAUACCACCCGGAGGUGACACAUUCGCCAGAAGGGAUGGAGACACUUCGAUACUUUUUAUUUGAUAUUUGUAAAGUCAGUGCAGGGUGGAGUAUGGAAAACGUAUUGGAUGAAGAAAUAAAAGUGAUUAAAAGCACAGUAGGGACUGAAGAUCAUGUCAUAUGCGCGUUAUCAGGAGGUGUCGAUUCCACUGUUGCAGCAACUCUUGUUCAUAAGGCAAUUGGUGAUAGGCUUCAUUGUAUCUUUGUUGACAAUGGUUUAUUGAGAUAUAAGGAGAGAGAACGUGUAAUGGAAACCUUUGAAAGAGAUCUUCAUUUGCCUGUUACUUGUGUGGAUGCCACUGAUCAAUUUCUUAGUGAGCUUAAAGGUGUUGUUGAUCCUGAGAAGAAAAGGAAAAUAAUUGGAAAGGAGUUCAUUAGCAUUUUUGAUGCUUUUGCACAUGAUUUGGAGCAAAAAUUAGGGAGGAAACCUUCUUACUUGGUCCAAGGGACUCUGUAUCCAGAUGUGAUUGAAUCUUGCCCACCACCUGGAAGUGGAAGGACACACUCCCACACAAUCAAGAGCCAUCAUAAUGUUGGUGGGCUUCCCAAGGACAUGAAAUUGAAGCUCAUUGAGCCUCUUAAGCUUCUAUUCAAGGAUGAGGUUCGGCAAUUAGGGAGGAUCUUGGAUGUCCCCCAGGGAUUUCUAAAGCGCCAUCCAUUUCCUGGGCCUGGCCUUGCAGUACGAGUCUUGGGUGAUGUAACUACAGGCAAUGCCUUGGAUGUCCUCCGCCAGGUUGAUGAGAUAUUCAUACAAUCAAUCAAAGAUGCUGGGUUGUAUGAUGAAAUCUGGCAAGCAUUUGCGGUGUUUUUGCCUGUAAGAUCAGUUGGGGUUCAGGGCGAUCAAAGAACACAUUCUCAUGUUGUUGCUCUCAGAGCUGUUACAAGUCAAGAUGGGAUGACAGCUGAUUGGUACUAUUUUGAACAUAAGUUCCUUGAUGAUGUAUCACGAAAGAUCUGCAAUAGCGUACGGGGUGUAAACCGAGUAGUUCUAGACAUUACGUCAAAGCCUCCCUCCACAAUUGAGUGGGAAUGAUGUCUUGUUCAAUCGAUGCUUCUGGCCUGCACUUGUAGUGAAGUUAAGUAGUCUUCAGAAAGUUUUGAUUGUUUUGAAUGGAGAUUUGAACGGUAAUUCCGUAAGCAUUUAUAUGUAAACAUCAUGAUUAUAAAUCAUAUUUCUAUAUAUUUCUUUUUGGUGA